CAAACUAAAACACACAUGAGGCAUGAUCUCUGAGUGGUGACGGCAGUACACACCUCAGCAAAUUCUCAGCCAUAGAGAGCGUCAGUCGCCUGAACUAAUCGUUGGUGGGAUGGAAGGGGGAUAGGUAGGAGGGAUGGGGUGCGGCACAUCUUUUUAAAAAUUAUUUUGAUCUUUCUUUUUAUUUGGUGGAUUUUGCUGGAUAACAAAGUAAAUAAUUCAGUAAAAUUUACUGCUGUAUCGCAGGAUCCGCUGAGGAGCAGGUUUGAAGGCGGCCCCCACUGGGCUUGACCAUACCAUCACCGACCAUGACUCGAUCUGGAGAUCCCCAAAACUACUGGUCUUUUGAUCCUGUCCCUGACACCUUCUGACACACUCAUGACUUCAGGUCGCCUGCCGGACAGCAAGCCCGUCAACUUCAUUUGCUGGAGCCGACCGGACACCAGCCGCCGCCGACCUGGGACGCCCCAGAGUCACGUUUAAUGCAAGGAUCCUAGCAGGACUGGGAACAGAGGAAUGAAGAGGAAUAUGUUCCUCCGGUGGAUCGUACUGCUUUCCCAAUGCUUUGUAUGCCACGUCCAAGGAGAACUUCCUUUCAUAUCAGGGAACAAUGCUGCAAUGCUGGUCAACUGGAAUGCCGUUGACGGAAAUAAGAAGUUGUACGCCAUCUACGACACAAGCAGUGUCAACGAGCCAGGCAACAUGUCAUUCGUGAAGGAGACGGUGGAUAAACUCCUGAAAGGGUACGACAUUCGACUGAGGCCAGACUUUGGAGGGGCCCCAGUAGCAGUCGGGAUGAGCAUAGACGUGGCCAGCAUAGACAUGGUGUCUGAAGUCAACAUGGACUACACACUGACUAUGUAUUUCCAACAGUACUGGAGGGACAAACGUCUCGCCUAUCUUGGUAUCCCACUCAACCUGACCUUGGAUAAUAGAGUGGCAGACCAGCUCUGGGUACCAGACACCUAUUUCCUGAAUGACAAAAAGUCAUUUGUUCAUGGAGUCACGGUCAAAAACCGCAUGAUCCGUCUUCAUCCAGAUGGAACCGUUCUUUAUGGCCUCAGGAUAACGACGACAGCAGCAUGCAUGAUGGAUCUCAGGAGGUAUCCCCUGGAUGAGCAGAACUGCACUCUGGAGAUAGAGAGCUAUGGCUACACCACAGACGACAUCGAGUUCUACUGGAAAGGGGGCGAGUCAGCCGUCACAGGCGUGACGCGCAUUGAAUUGCCACAGUUUUCCAUUGUUGAUUACAAGUUGGUUUCCAGAAAUGUUGUGUUUUCCACAGGUGCCUACCCUCGGCUUUCUCUAAGCUUUAAACUUAAGAGGAACAUCGGCUAUUUCAUUCUGCAGACGUACAUGCCAUCCAUCCUGAUUACCAUCCUCUCCUGGGUAUCCUUCUGGAUAAACUACGACGCCUCGGCGGCCAGGGUGGCUCUAGGAAUCACCACCGUGCUGACCAUGACUACCAUCAACACCCACUUGAGAGAGACGCUGCCCAAGAUCCCCUACGUUAAGGCCAUCGACAUGUACCUGAUGGGCUGCUUUGUCAUGGUCUUCCUUGCCCUUCUGGAGUACGCCUUUGUCAACUACAUCUUCUUUGGGAGGGGUCCUCAGAUGCAAAAAAAGCUGGCAGAGAAGGCUGAGAAAGCCAACAAUGAGAGGGCAGCCAAGUAUGACGCUGCAAGGGCGGAACCAGGACAUGGGAACAUUCUGCUGACCACCUUGGAAAUCCAUAAUGAAGUAGCAGGAGGAGAGAUCACCACCAGCGUGGCAGACAUCAGGAACUCGCAGUCCAUGGUGCAGUUGGACAGCACGGCCUCGUCACACAUUCAGUAUCGCAAGCAGAGCGGCGGAAUCGGUCCACGUUCUGCCAGUCGUCACUCCCUGGAUCGCUCCGCUCAGAUGAAACGCAGCCGACUGCGAAGGCGGUCCUCGCAGCUGAAAAUCAAAAUCCCUGACCUGACCGAUGUGAAUGCCAUUGACCGUUGGUCACGGAUCAUCUUCCCCUCAGUUUUCUCCUUUUUUAAUCUAAUCUACUGGCUCUACUAUGUCUGAUUGGACAGUUUUCUUGUUUUAUUUAUUUCAAUUUGGUUUGGUUUACCUCCUUUUUGUCUGUGCUUUUAUACAUGCAUUGAAUCUGUCAACAUCAGACUAGAGACUCAAAGACUGAGAAAGUUCUGGACCAAGUUCUCACCCAAUAUCUUUUUAUAUUUGCCGACUUUGAAUCUGUAUUCUUUUCUAUAGUAUGUACUGUAACUGGGACUUGUGAUAGUCAUUUCCCAUAACAGAGACAAAAUGCCAGCAAUUGAUUACAUACAGUAUUUGCAAAAAAUCUAAAUAAAAUAAAUCAAGAAAGCAGUAUUCGAAUCCAAAAAAGAGAACUUUAUACCACACAGGUGAUCAGAAAAAUGCAGGCAAUUCCUAAAAAUCCAUUAAACAAAAUGUUUGAUCGGUACCUUAUGCACUAUAAAUGCAUGUAAUGAUCUUCCAAUGUGGUCAACUUUUACUGACAGUUUCUUCUUCAGGAUUAUCAUGACUCUCAGGCUUCCAGGUUUUUACUAUUCUUGGUGUCAUUUUUGGUUGAGGAGAGAAACGGCAAAACAGCACAAGAAUGAACAACACUGCCAUUUAUUUCCAGUUCACCGUUUAAUGGCUCCUCAAGCAAACGUGGGACCCAAGUGUAUCCAAAUUGAUCAAACUGCCAAGGGGUGUCCGGGAGGCAUUGUUACCCACCCAGCAUUGACUCACAAACAGAAUAUCCGAAAAAAAUGUUAAGCACUACAUGUUUCUUAUUCAGAAGCUUUUUUUCCCCCCAAGUAAUCUUCAUAAAUGUAUGUGUUUGUUACUCAUUUCAGUGUGCUUUUUUUUAGUUGGAUGUCCUACAAAUUGCACAUCCAUCAUAUCUUGGGUUACUAUUGUACUCUUUGUCUUUCAAGUGUUGAUUUGAUUUCCCACUUUGUCUUGUUGCGAACAGUGAUACACUGGAGAAGUUAAUUCUGUGUAUAUUGAAAGAUGUACAUAAUAUACAGUAUAUAAUGUGUGCACAACCCUAAAUGAAAAAAAAAGAUGAUCAAAUGAGCAUUGAGUUUAUCAUUGUUAUGCUGGCUAAGACAUGUCAGUCGAUUUAGGGGGGGGGGGAUUUCAAUGUGUUUUUUUCUGCUCCACCUGAAGUUCCAGCUGAUGCAAAUGGAUUUUUAAUGGACUCCACAGUUGGACCACACAGGCUGGUUGAUGAGCACAUGCUAGCGUUGAAUGUAUCAGAUCCAUUGUUCUUCAGGUAGAGGAUAUUGAGCCAUGGUCAUAGUUUCUUUCCAUCUGAAUGUAACCCCUUAUGAUAUUGCACGUGUGCAGGGGCAUGUACACAUGCAGGAUGAGCAGGUUUGCGAGCAGCUAUUGGGGUGUUUUGGCUCGACUGCUGCAUGUAGAACUGGAUUGUGGCUAAAAAUAAUCAACCACUUCCAAUUUAUGAAUGAUAAAUCUGAAACAUUGUUUUUCAUGACUGCCGGCACCCCCCACCCUUCCCCAACAAACAUUCACAUAACUUUGUGCAUGAACAUGUAUUAAAUAUGACUACUAAGAGAUACUUAAGAGUACAACUUUAAACUUGUGAUGGUCUUAAAAUAACUGAAUGUAUUGUACUUGGAUUGUUGCUGUCUGGCUACAAUUUACUUUGAGAUCAAAUAUGAAUGGGGGUGGGUGGGGUGAUGCAGUCCCCGAGCUGGUCCUGUUUUCUACUGUGUAGACAAGGCCUCAUGUAUACAUGUACAUGUGAGGUGGUUUUAAGGAAUCCUCACAUUCCCGAAGAAAGUUAACAAUAUUUGUACAUCUAUAGUAUGAAAACAGUGAAUGAAGGCUCAUACUCUAGGGCUAUUCUUUUCUUUUUUAUCUACAAGGUUAGAAAAAAAAGGAAAGCAAACACUGCUAACACCUAAGUUAUUGUGUACUGUGCAUGCAACAACACAUUUGGAGAGACUUAGAGAGGGAGAGAAAAUGUUUUAUCCAGCCUCAUGAGAGCUAACAAAUGUCCACUCUUGCUUUGUAGCUGACUUGGAAAAGAAAGAAAAAAAAAGUCAGGCGUUGUAUGGCCUUGGUCCCAUAAUGGAAUGUGAAAUGUUCUGUGCUGCCACAAAAUGUAUUUAGUCUUAGAUUUAUAUUGUAUAUC